AUGGCAAAAAAAGUUCCAAUAUUUAACCAACUCCCUUUUCCAAGCAAAUGUGGCAAUGAUGAAAAAAAAAUUUUAAAAUAUACAAAGGAUAAGAAUGGAAAAUUAUUUAAAUUAAACUUAGUUAAUGAUCAGUUGACAACGCCGGAUGAUUUGCCACAUGCAAACAAGCUUUAUUAUUUAUUCACAAUACCUCAAGAUAGUCAUGAAAAGGAGUUUGCAGAACCUUGUACUAUAUUUAGAGCUGUCAACAAUAGACCACUAAUGGUUAUAAAGGGAUAUAAUUCAACUGAAAUAUCGCUGGACAAUACAAAAAUUGAUGUGAUUAAAUUUGACUAUUUGGUAGAAUUUCUUGCAAUUCAACUUGUUUUAGAAAAUCAACCAUUAUUACAAGAUUUUUACAAAAACGAAGAAAUUUUGAUAAACAAGGUUGUAUAUACAAAGGAUGGUUUUAAAGAAGUGCCGAACUCCAACAAAAUCACUAAGGGAACCUUCUCAAUAAAUGGAUAUGAAAUUUUAAAGUUUUCUUAUAAUUGCCCUACAUAUGAAGAUAAUGAAAUGAUAACGAAGAUAUUCUACUUCGCACCACCACAGAAAGAAUAUAUAUUUCCAUUAGAGCAAUCAUUAUUUCUAGUAAAUGAGCCAGCAGUCAAACCAAAUUGCUCCAUCAAUCGAAUUAGUUAUGGAUAUCUCUAUUCAGUUGGUUAUAACAAAAAAACAAUUAACCUAAAUGAAUUGAAUGCUAAUGGAGUAGCAACACAUGGUUUAAUUCGUUCCGGUAACUACGUGUUUACAUCAAAUGUUGAAGAAUUCAAUACAACAUUAAAUUGUACUUAUAAUACACCAAAUGGACAAGUUAUUUUUAUUCAGUCUUAUAAAACAGAACACAGAAAGUUUUAUGGGUUUGAUGAGAAUGGGGAUAAAAUAUUUGAUAGAAAAAAUAAGAAAAAAAAGUUCGAUGGAAAGGAUAUUGAUGAAGACAAUGACGACCUGUCAAAAGGAUCAAAAAAAUCUUGGUUUAAUAAAUUCAAAAACAAAAUUGGAUCUAUUUGGUUCUAUACAAUUAUUGGAGGAAUUGUUUUUGUUGUACUAGCAAUCAUUAUAGUUGUUGCAGUACUAUGCUAUUUAAGAUCAUCGAAGAAAAACAUUUCAAAUAAAAGGAUUGAAUUAAAGAAGAUUGAAAAAAAAGGGAUUGAAUUUAAAAAUAUUGAAAAAAAGGAUAUUGCGUUUAAAAAUAUUGAAAAAAAGAGAAUUGAAUCAAAUAAAAGUGAAAAAAAAAGAGUGGGUAAAAAAAGCAACUUUUCUCGCAAUGUAAAUGUAUCAAAAAAGACAAGAAAAUAA